AUGCGUCUUUCAUCCUCCCCCCUCGCCGCUGCAGCGCUCCUCCAGCACUCCCUCGCUUCAACAGUCUCGCGAACAGGCCAAACCGUCGAACUCGACGGCAUCCCAUACUACCUCCCCGCGAGUCCCAUCACGACUCUCCACCACGACAACUUCCACAGCACUCUCUCGAAAACCAACACCUUAACGCGCCUCACAGUCAUCACAGCCAACGGCUCCUCCUACAGCGGCAGCGAUCUCAGCACCACCAUCGCCUCCUACAAAGCCACCGACGACGUCUUCUCCGAAGGCUUCCUCGAAACGAUAUACGUCCAGUAUAUCGGCUUCAAACCGCGCGGAAACGAAUGGAAAGCCUCGAGUUACAACAACGCCCCCAACGGCACCGCCGCAGUCGUGCACAAACAGGUGGACAACAGCAGCGCCAUCCCGCCGGGGCCAUAUUUCCUCUCGUCGACAGGAGCCGUAUAUGAGGCGUGGAGACUGUACAGCGAUUUCGCAGGCGCAUUCACGGAGCCUCUCCUCGCCAACGGCGAUGGGACAUACAGUGUCCUCCCAGCCGGCGUCCCCGGCCAAUCCCUCGCGGUAGCCGUGCCUAGCAGGUUGUAUUUCACCAAGACGGCCGAGAAGCCUUUGGCGGGCGUGAGGUUGGGGAUUAAGGAUAUCUAUGAUGUGGCGGGGGUCAAGACGAGUAAUGGGAAUAGGGCCUGGUAUCAUCUGUAUCCUGCGGCGGAGGAGCAUGCUACGCCUGUUAAGCGCUUGAUUGAGGCGGGAGCGGUUAUUGUGGGCAAGAUGAAGACUUCGCAGUUUGCUAAUGGGGAGUCUGCCACGGCUGAUUGGGUGGAUUACCAUUCGCCAUUCAAUCCACGAGGAGAUGGUUACCAAGACCCAAGCUCGUCCUCCUCCGGUCCAGGCGCAGGAACGGCCAGCUACUCAUGGCUAGACCUCACCCUAGGCUCCGACACUGGAGGCUCGAUCCGCGGUCCAUCCGAAGUCCAAGGCAUCUACGGCAACCGACCAACCCACGGCCUCGUAACGCUCGAAAACACCAUGCCGCUCGCCCCCGAACUCGACACGAGCGGCUUCUUGACAAAAGACCCGGUCCUCUGGAUGGAAGCCGCCAAGGCUCUGUACGGCAAGAACAUCACCAUCUCGCGCAAAUACCCCAAGAAGAUCUACAAUUACGACUUGCCGACGAAUGUGACCGAGCCUGGGGAUCAGCUUUUUGUUGAUUUCGUGAGGAGGGUUAGCUCGUUCUUGGGAGCUGAGGUCGAGUCUUUUGAUAUCGAGGAGGCUUGGAAUUCGUCUCGUCCGAAUGGGACGAAUGUCUCUGUUGAUGAUUUGCUGAACAUCACGUAUCCGAUCUUGAUCGCGCAGGAGCAGACGCGUCUUGUUCGAGAGCCGUUCUACGAGGACUAUGCCGCGGCGCAUGAUGGUCGACGUCCGUUCGUUGACCCGGCGCCGCUGAUUCGUUGGGCAUUUGGAGAUUCGUACCCUAACAACACUGUCGAUAUUGCGAACGCCAACAGGACCGUGUUCAAGGAUUGGUGGUCGAGCAACGUGCUUGUUGCGGAAAACGCGACUUGCAGUGACUCGCUGCUUUUCUACGUCGGAUCUCAAGCCAGCGUCAGCUACCGCAACCAGUACAAUGGAGAACCUGGCGUCCCAUACGGCUUCAGCAUCAGCAGAGUGAGCCCUUUCUGGGGCGGUCCGGAUUUUGUUGUGCCUCUUGGCUCCGCCCAGUAUUUCAGCAACAUCACGCUGCACAAUGAAGUCCUUCCAGUGACUGUCGACAUUAUGGCGGCCAGUGGCUGUGACGGCAUGAUCUUUGGUUUGGUGCAGGACCUCGUCAAGGCUGGGAUUGUGAAGCCGAGCGUCGCUGGGUAUGAUGAUACCAACGGCGGCGAGAUCCUCUUCAAAAGAGACUAUUAG